AUGGGUUCAAUUGCACCUCAGAUGGCCGAGCUCGAUGGCUCACACUUCAACAUCACCCGAUCUACUACCCUGCGGGAUGUGCCUUUGCCGGGUUCCCCAGAGGAGCUGAGCCAUUCUUAUUGCACGGACCACAUGGUCACUGUUCGAUGGACCGUUGGCAAUGGAUGGGAGACCCCUGAAGUGAAGCCUUACCAGAACCUGAGUAUCGCUCCGACAGCCUCGGUGCUCCACUAUGCUACGGAGUGUUUUGAGGGUAUGAAAGUGUACCGCGGUUACGAUGGCAAGCUGCGAUUGUUCCGUCCUGACCUCAACGGGCAGCGACUAAACAACAGUUCCCAGCGCUCAUCUCUGCCUGGCUUCAAAUACGACGAGCUGAAGAAGCUGGUUGCGAAGCUGAUGCAGAUUGACGGCCCCCGCUGGCUUCCCAAGGAUCGACCUGGCUCGUUCCUCUAUAUCCGACCCACUGUCAUCGGCAAUGGGCCUCAUCUCGGCGUUCAGGUGCCCAAGGAGGCCCUCUUGUUCAUCAUUGCGGUGCCUUGGCCUGAUUUCACCAAGACGAGAAAAACCGGUGGCCUUCGGCUUUUCGCCUCUACACCCGACACUAUCCGCGCUUGGCCUGGUGGAUUUGGUUACGCCAAGCUGGGUGCAAACUACGGCCCAUCCCUCCUGGCCCAUGGCAAGGCCCAGGCUCUGGGCUUUGACCAGAUUCUGUGGCUGUUUGGCGACGAUCGCCAGGUCACUGAGGCAGGUGCCAGCAACUUCUUCCUUAUUUGGAGGAACAAAGAAACCCAGAAACUGGAGCUCGUGACUGCUCCGUUGGAGAACCAGCUGAUUCUCCCGGGUGUGACCCGACGAAGUGUCUUGGAAUUGGUUAACGAGAGGCUCUCCAAGAAGGCCGUAGGCAACCUAGAACCUUUGGAAGUUGUGGAGAGGACUUUCACCAUUGGUGAGAUCGAGCAGGCAGCGCAGGAGGGCCGCAUUGUUGAGUCCUUCGUAUCGGGCACUGCAUACUUUAUCACCCCUGUGGCCAUGAUUCGCAACAACGAGACUGAUAUCAGCACUUUGCCUGAGAAUGGUGAGCCUGCUGGCUAUGCUGCUCAGAUCAAAUCAUGGAUGGAAGCUAUCAUCUAUGGCAAGGAGGCACAUGACUGGGGAUACGUGGUGGAAAACGAAGAAAACUGA